CCAACCGAGUCAGACAACUUGAUGAAUUCACGGUCUUCUAACCCAGCCGUGGGCCUUGGCUUCCCAGGCGCUGGCGUUGACCGCGGCCCACGCUGGAGGAGCCGUCUGGAGAGGUCUCUCUGGGAGCAAAGACCCCCCAGAAGACACGAGAUUUGACGGCUCUGAGUCCCGGGGAGCCGCACGCAUCCCACAGGCAGCUCUCAGCCAGAGAUAGCCCUGGCAUGUGGCCCUGGGCUCAGGACCGAGGCGAUGUUCUGCUUGGCCUGCAGGGGCCCGCGUCAGCAUGAGCGACAAGGCGUCUCUGGCCCCUCCGGCGCCCACCCCGGGGCCCACCACCCCUCGCAGGGGGCCCCCCAAAUUCAAGCAGAGGCAGACCCGCCAGUUCAAGAGCAAGCCCCCGAAGAAAGGGGUCAAAGGAUUUGGAGAUGACAUUCCGGGAAUGGAGGGCCUGGGAACAGACAUCACCGUGAUCUGUCCCUGGGAAGCCUUCAGCCACCUAGAGUUGCACGAGCUCGCUCAGUUCGGGAUCAUCUAAGCCCUGGGGAACCCUGAGACCUUCCAGAACUUUCUGGCACUUUCCAGGCAUCUGCCAGAUGUUUGGAUUGUACGGUCUGAAUGCACGUCCUUUGUCUGAUGUGGCCCUUGUCUGUCCGUCCGUCCCCAGGGAGAAUUCCUUUAGUGUCAGAAUCUCUGUCUCAGGGAAUAAACACCCAGUGGGCCAUCAAACCUCUCUCUUCCCUGUCAGCGGGCGGGAAGCCAUAAUACAGGAGUAUCCUCUUCA